CUUUCUCUGCCUGUGUAUGUGAGAGAGAGCGCGUGUGAGUGUGAGAGCCAGGGAAAUGAUUAACCACUGUCUGUGACGUGUGAGCAGGGCAGAUUCAAAGUUUGCUUUCUGCCGGUGGGCACAGGCUGCUCGGGAGAGGCCGGACACGCUCGCUCCCUCAUUCGCCGGCUCUUUGGGCUCUCUCUGGGCUCAGCCUCUCUCUUGUCUCACGAGCUCUGACUGUCUCUGGCUCUCUCUGAGUCUCUCGCGAGCUCUGACUGUCUGCCUCCCUCUAACCCUUCCUUGCUGGGCGGAGCCGCAGAGGCAGCCGACGUUUGUGUCUAGUCCAGCGCACAGCACAUAGGGGUGGGGACUCCCCCCAACAUCCCUGACCAUGAGGACUCUCCGCAGGUUAAAGUUCAUGAGUUCACCCAGCCUCAGUGAUCUGGGCAAGAGAGAGCAGGCAGCCUUGGAUGAGCGAGGGGCCCAGCAGCGCCAGGCCUGCUCCAACGCCACCUGGAACAGCAUCCACAAUGGAGUGAUUGCCGUGUUCCAGAGGAAGGGUCUUCCAGAUCACCAGCUAUUCCACCUGAACGAGGGUGUCAGGCAGCUGCUGAAAACUGAGCUGGGCUCUUUCUUCACAGAAUAUCUCCAGAACCAGCUGCUCACCAAAGGCAUGGUGAUUCUCCGGGACAAGAUCCGAUUUUAUGAAGGACAGAAGCUACUGGAUUCUUUGGCGGAAACCUGGGAUUUCUUCUUUGGGGAUGUCUUGCCCACACUCCAGGCCAUUUUCUACCCCGUUCAGGGUAAGGAGCCCUCUGUCCGCCAGCUGGCUCUCCUGCACUUUCGGAACAUCAUCACCCUCAACAUUAAGUUGGAAGAUGCCCUCUCGAGGUCGAGAGCCAGGAUCCCCCCCUCCAUCGUCCAAAUGCUGCUGGUUCUGCAGGGGGUCCAUGAAUCCAAAGGCAUCACGGAAGACUAUCUGAAGCUGGAGGCUCUAAUACAGAAGGUGGUGUCCCCAUACCUGGGGACCUAUGGCCUCCACUCCAGCGACGGGCCCUUCACACACUCUUGCAUCUUGGAAAAGCGCUUUUCCCGCCGCUCAAAGGCAGGCGAUAUCAUGGCCAAGAACCCUGUCGUCCGCUCCAAGAGUUACAACAACCCGCUGCUCACCCCUGUGGCAGAGUAUGAGGCAGAAGGGCUGGUGGCCAAUGGCACGGGCAUCCGCAGACACUCUGUCUCCGAGAUGACGUCCUGCCCUGAGGCCCAGGACUAUGCCAACCUCACCACUGCCCUUGACAGUGGCUCCAAGGUCUCCAUGAUGGCGUCCCUGGCUGCAGAGGCUGAGCACUCCAGUGCCAAGGCCCAUCCGGUGGGGCCGCUGCCCCUGCCAGGCCUGUACCACCAGUGCAGUGAGCUCAGCCCCACUUUCAAGCUGUCCAGAGACCCAGCCUCCGUGUCAGCCCCUUCCUCCAGCCCAGAGAACUUAGUAGACCAAAUUUUGGAAUCCAUUGAUUCUGACUCUGAAGGGAUUUUCAUAAACUUUGACCGAGGACGCUCCAAGGCAACAGGAUAUAGUGUGGAUGGGAGCAGACAGAGCGUGGUGUGACCAUCUCCCACCAGGAAGAUGACCUGGCUCCCAUCUUGGGCUAUGAAUAUGUGCGUCAAAGGCGGUCUGGUACGACAGAGGGCGCCCUGGACUGGGAAAUGGGGGGCUUGGGUUGGAGUCCCUGCUCUGGUCAUUGCUGGCCCUUCAACCCUGGGCAGAUCACGUUCCCUCUCUGAGCCUCAGUGUCCUCAUCUGUUAAAUAGGGAAAAUAAUCCCUGCCUUGCUGACCUCGCAGGGCAGCCAUGAGGAUCCCAUGAGAUAAUAACAUGUGUGGAGGCACUUUGUAACUCUAACAUACUAUGUGUGUGUGAUAUGUAUGCAUGUGUGUGUAUGUGUAUGUGUGUGUGAGAGAGAGACAAGGAGGGAGGAGAGAGAGAGAGGAGAGAAGGGAGGGAGGAGAGAGAGAGAGAGAGAGAGAG